GACGGUAAGGUCGCUUGUGUAGAACUGUGGUUGUGUUUUCGUUGUGAUUCACAAAUUUGUUUGCCGUUGUACGCGUUUGUAAAAUUGAUAACGUUUCAAAGGAAUAGUUUUGGUUGGUGUGACAUACAUUAAAAUUAGAUAACUAGUGUUGCUGCGUUGUGCGAGUUGCUGUAGCAGGAAGUAAUCGUGAUGAUGAAAUCACGCCUGCUGGGACUGGCUGGCAUUUUAGUGCUAGCCUGUUCCGCCGUACUCAGCUCACCCGUCAAACAAACAAGCAACUCAUCAAGCAACCAGCGGUUGUUGGGUGCAAAAGAAUGCACUUGGGGACCAUCUUAUUGGUGUUCUGAUAUCAGAAACGCUAAGACAUGUGGAGCCGUAACGCAUUGCAUUCAAACUGUAUGGGAGAAGCAACAUUUUCCGGUGGAUAAUGAUGAGAUCUGCAACAUAUGUUUGGAUAUGGUAAAACAGGCCCGUGAUCAGUUGGAAAGCAAUGAAACACAAUCGGAUCUAAAAGCAGUCUUCGAGGGUUCCUGCAAGUUGAUCCCGGUGAAGGUUGUAAAAAAGGAAUGCUGCAAACUAGCCGACGAUUUUAUCCCAGAGCUGGUGGAGGCACUCGCUUCACAGAUGAAUCCGAACGUCGUAUGCAGCGUGGCCGGACUGUGUAAUAAUGCCGCUAUUGACAAACUGCUUGCUGAAAUGCCCGCCACUAAGCCGCAGAUGGAGGAAGACGUGGAUGAUGAAACAGCAUCGAGCGAACUUACUGCAGCCAAUGAUGAUACGUUUAGUUGCGAAGAAUGCAAUUCGAUUGCUGGUCAAAUUGAACGACGGUUCCGGUCGGCUGAUCGGGAUAGCGUACUGGAAGGAUUCUUGAGAGUCUGCGGCCAAAUGUCUUCCUACUCGGACGCUUGCUCGAGCCUCGUUCUUACAUACUUUGGAGAGAUGUAUGAACAUUUGGAUCGCAAUCUAAACGCGGACGCUGUAUGCCAUCUCAGCGGAGCCUGCUCAGAGAAGUUCCAUCAACACGAGGACGGCAAGCAAAUUGAGAUACGACCAAUGGGAGGAGUCGGUAUGCUGCCGGUAACCGGUGACGAUGUUCCAUGCAAACUGUGUGAGCAGCUAGUUGAUCAUCUGCGUGAUGUGCUGAUCGCAAAUACGACGGAACUCGAGUUUAAGCAGGUGUUGGAGGGUCUUUGCAAGCAAACUAAGACCUUUGCUGAUGAAUGUAACAAUUUGGUUGAGCAAUACUAUCGCGAAAUCUACGAAACGCUAGUUCACAAUCUGAACAGUAAUGACGCUUGCUUUAUGAUUGGGGUUUGUCCCAAGGGAGAUGGUGUGAUUGACGAUGGCCCUAUCAUGCCGAUACUACCGAUCGGAGUGGCAGUUCAGUAUGAACAAAGCGAAGUGUCUAAACCGUACCGUCGUCCGCUGCUUGGUGAGAACGAACCCGUACUGUCGGCUACGGAGAUACAGCAGGCACAGUUACCUAUUGAUCGCAUCAUGGGUGCACCUAGUGCCCUUAAUUUAGUUGAAAAUGGCAAAUUCUGCACACUCUGCGAAUACUUCAUGCACUUCGUCCAGGAGGCAUUGAGUGAGCCGGCGAAUGAAGACGAGAUAAAGGUAGUGGUAGGUACCACCUGCAACCGACUGCCGGCAUCGAUUCGCGGCGAGUGUCAUAACUUCGUAGAUGUGUACGGCGAUGCGGUGAUUGCGUUGCUCAUCCAAUCGAUGGACCCACGUCAAAUCUGCCCAACUAUGAAGAUGUGCCCGUCCACCAACGAAGAUGUGGAGAUAUUUGCACCUGGUCAGAUUGAAGUAACGAUUGAGGCUCGUGCCGGCAACGAUAAGCCAACCUGUCCGCUCUGUCUGUUCGCCGUUAGCCAACUGGAAGAGUCAGUCAAAACGGAUCGCUCCAAGGAAAACAUUAAGAGUGCUCUUAGCAAACUCUGCACACACUUGUCACCGAAACUGCGUCUCGAGUGUAACGAUUUUGUAGACACGUACACAGCGGAGUUGGUCGAAAUGUUGGCGUCUGAUUUCACCCCGCAGGAGAUCUGUGUCUUCCUGAAACUAUGCGUUGACCAACGCCCAGAUCUCAGCCUGCUCGGCAUGGAACUCGACUAUGAAAAGCGCGCUUCGUUUGGUCAGCGACCAGCGAUCGCACCGGCAGGGCCGUCUGGUGAUGUCGAAACGAACGAAAUACCCGAUACUACAGUCAAUGGGCAGAUCACUAUUGACCACAUGCCGAUGAACAGCACACCAGAGUGUCUUGUGUGCGAGGAAAUGGUAAAAGCGGUCGAAAAGCGCGUCAAAAACAAGAAAAGUAAGGAGCAAAUAAAGGAAGCACUAGAACACGCUUGCGAUCGGCUGCGCAAGUAUCGUACCAAAUGUGAGAAGUACAUCGAUCAACACAGCGACCAAAUCGUCGAUCUUUUAAUGAAACAAUUGUCUCCAAAAGAAAUCUGCAACACACUAGGAUUUUGUGUUUCGAAGGAAUUCGCUGAUGAGUUGGAGGUUGAUGAAGCACUUCUCGAUUAUGUUGUAGAACCGGCUAUUAUGGAGCCUGGAAAGGAUUUGUUUCUAUCCGCCGCGGGAGCUGUGGAAAAAAAUCAACCGCCACAAUGUGCGAUUUGCGAGUUCGUCAUAGUGAAAAUCGAAUCGGAACUGACAAACAAGAAAACUCGUGCAGAAAUAGAGGACGCAGUGCGCACGGUUUGCAACAAAAUGCCCAGCACUAUUACCAAGCAGUGUGAUAAACUGAUUGACCAGUACGGCGAGUUCAUUAUCAAAUUUCUACAAACAUUGCCGCCUCAAGCGAUCUGUACUCAGUUGGAAUUGUGUGAGAAGCAGCAGGGGAUUCUGAAGCAGUCCGAAUUGGAAAUUGUCGGAUGCGCUGUAUGUCAGGGUGCGGUUAAAUCUCUCGAUGAGCUGAUGAAUGGUGAUCAGUUGCAAGACCACGUUACGAAGUACGUGGAUCGUAUUUGUAAUGCACUCCCGGCGAAGCACUAUACACAGUGCGAUGAAUUGUUGACUGUAUAUGGUAUCAGCAUGAUGCAGCAACUGAAGCAUUCGAUCGAACGUGAGCAAGUGUGCGUUAACAUCGACAAGUGCAACAUGAUGUCAACACUGUUGUCCCUGCCGGAGUUUGCUUCGGGCGAACGCGUCAUUGAUGAACCCCUUGAGGAGGAGCAUGUUGAGAAGAAGGAUGCCAUGCUUGUCGGACUAAACGAGUGCAGCUGGGGACCGGCUUACUGGUGCAAAGAUGAAGCCAGUGCAGCACAAUGCAAGUCCACGAGCUACUGCAAGGAGCGCAAACUUGGUUUCUGGAUGGAAACUGUAUAAAUGAUGUGCUUAUCAAGAGUAUAGUAUAAGUAUUUUCAGCUGAUGGAUGGCAAUUGAAUGAUCCUAGUAUGCGUUAUACUUGUAUAUUCUUCACGCAAAAGACCAGGAACGAAGCUGAUGAAGAGUUUUUACAAUAUUGGAUUUGAAAACGAAACAAAAAACGUAAUCGAUACCAAGAAGUGCUAUUUUUAUAGAAGAUAAGGAUAUCGAAGCUAGAAAAAAUAAAGGAAUCUUGAGAAAGGGACACAUUGAGUUGAUGAGAAUGUACACUAGAGUGACUGCAAGUUUUUGUACGCGUGAAAAGAGAAUCGAUAAUCUUGACAGAGCAAAGCUUAUACUUUAGCCGGCCUUUUUUUUUGAAUAACUGAAAUGAAACUGAAACUAGUAGUAACAAAGCUUAAAGUUAAAAAUUCAGGCUGUUAAAAGAAAAGCAAAAACGUUUAUUCUACAAUGAGGCAUGUAGCUACAGAAUUGGUAUAGUGUAGUUUUGAUAUGCAAUAAUGAUGGAGGUUGGAAGAAAAUGUACGGUACAAGGCAUCUAUAUUGCUUGGGAUUUUGUAUGAAUCAGCUUUUACAAAUCAUUUACUAUUAUUUCUAAAACGUUACAACAACUACGCGGCUUCAGUUGUCCGAUGUACAUGGUGUAACAUACGCCUUGCAACUAAUAAUGUGCAAGGGCGAAUUGAUAUUCUCUUUUCGUAACACAGUAAAAUUACAAAAACUAACAACUAAAACGCAACGAAACUAUCGUCUUCACGUAGGAAGUUCGUUGUUGUUGAUAUGAUAGCCAUUAGCAAAUGUUUUAGCGACUGAAGGUAAGAAAUAAUCACAUGUGUAUGAAGUGAAAGGUUUUCUCUAUAUGUAUUUCAGUUACUGAUUUAAUAAAACGAUUGUUAAGAUGAUCA